GCGGCUGCAGCAGCACUCACGCCGGCUCCACCCGAAGCUCGCAGCUCACAGGGGAGCCAGGCUCCUGAUCUUGCCCAGCGCCAUGGACGUCUUCAAGAAGGGCUUCUCCAUCGCCAAGGAGGGCGUGGUGGGCGCCGUGGAGAAGACCAAGCAGGGGGUGACGGAAGCCGCCGAGAAGACCAAGGAGGGGGUCAUGUAUGUGGGAGCCAAGACCAAGGAGAAUGUGGUGCACAGCGUGACCUCAGUGGCUGAGAAGACCAAGGAGCAAGCCAACGCCGUGAGCGAGGCUGUGGUCACCAGCGUCAACACCGUGGCCACCAAGACCGUGGAGGAGGCGGAGAACAUUGUGGUCACCUCUGGGGUGGUGCGCAAGGAGGACUUGAAGCCACCUGCUCCCCCACAGGAGGGCGAGGCAGCCAAAGAGGAAGCGGAAGCGGCUGAGGAGGCCAAGAGCGGGGGAAAGUAGAGAGCUGAAAGCCGGCCGGAGGCCCCAAGGAACACCCUGGGACCCCAUCCCCGGCCGGGACAAGGAGUGCCCAGCCCCUGCAGGCUGCCAGCGCCCCCUGCACCUGCUGCUGCCACGACCCUCACCUCCUGCCUUGGCCCCUCCGGGCUCUGGGCCUUCUGACCCCACAAAUGCUGCUGUGAGUUUUUUUUUUUUUAAUGAUUCCAAAUAAAAUUUG